ACUGUUUUCUAAUAUGUGUGCUUUCAACAGUUUUCACAAGAAUUCAUUUAUUAAAAUAGUUUAGACAUAGAUUUAGUUGUGCUCAUCUGUUGGUGACCUGUAUCAUUUGAACUGUGACCCCAAGAAGCCUCUUCCAGUUAACUGUUGUUAACUGCUCAUUUAGAUUCUCCACAGAUCUUUCUCAUCCUCAGAAAGAGCAGUUUGUUGGUGAACCAGCAUUUCACAGCUCGAGAUCGUCACAAUUUCCUGUGUGGUGUGAAGCUUGUCAGUUGAUCAAACGGAGUUCAGACUUCUGGUUUUUUUACUAGCUGAAUUUGAACGUUUCCUGUCCAAAUGUCAAACCCAGUGGUCACCAGUCAACCCGGUACAGGAGGCUAUGGAACGAACGUACAGACUGGGGAGUGGAGCACAGGCUUGUGUUCCUGCUUUAGUGACUGUUUAGUUUGUGCCCUCGGUUGCUUCUGUCCGAUGGCUCUGCACUGUUACACUGCAAACAAGUAUGGUGAAAACUGCUGCCUGGGUUGUGUGCCAGGAGGCAUGACUGCCAUGAGGACUCACAUGAGACUGACCUAUGGUAUUCAGGGCACGGUUUGCAACGACGCCCUCAUGACCUUUUUCUGUGGAUUCUGUGAAGUAUGCAGGAUGGCUCGAGAAGUUCGUAUCAGGAAUGGAGACAUUUCAUUGUAGAUGAUGUAGGAAGCCCUGUGCUUGUAGAAAUCACUCGUCAGGUUUUAAUAACAACAAGAAGGAAGAAGUCAUCACUGAAACCUACAGUUCAAUGUAAUAAGUGUAAUUCUGCUCAUAUUAAAGGUCUGCUCUCUUGUAUAGAACCUGCUUUUACCAAAUGUAUCAUUUAUAUGCAUGUCUUGACUGAUUUGAACAUAUCCACAAUGUCAUGUUUCACUUUAUUUGAAUAUUUUUCAGAAAAUGUUUUCUUGUGCAAUGAUAAAGACAUAAAACGUAAA